GCCCAUACGAGCCACACCACUUCACGUUGCCACAUCCAAUUUAAACAUGGGACGCACAAACAGCAGCUGCAUUAGCACCAGGGCAGUUGAUCCCUCGCGCCCAUUCGACGGGGGCGAAACCCUCUAAGAAGCAAAGCCGGUUCUAAAAUCCAAAACCCUUCACCAAACUUUUCCCGCCACGGAUAGCGCAACCAUACAGGACGGCGAGAUGAAGCUCUUCGAGAGGAAGCAAGCGAUCUACAAAACCCUAGAUGAAAGGUAUUUGAUCAAUGGGCAAAGGUACAAGGGGCAGCAGUACAGCCAGAUCUACUUUGCUCGCCUUCACCACUUAAGGAAUUUACUGCACUCUCCUGUGACCAACUGGAAGCCUCAUCUCCAGGUCAAUACAGUUCUUGAACUUGAGGAAAACAAAGAAUGUGUUAUAGUUGGAACUAUCUACAAGCACAUGAAGCUGAAGCCUUCAAUUCUAGAUGAGUACUCUAAAGAGAGAACUGCAGUACCACUUGUCAAACCACAUAAUUUUUUGCAUCCGGAUGACCAUCUUAUUUUGGAAGAUGAGAUAGGAAGAGUUAAACUGAAAGGAUCUUUGCUUAUUCCUACAGAUUUUGUGACAGGAAUUGGAUUAGCGCUUCAUGGAAAGAAAACAAGUGAGGGUGAUUUUCUGGUUCUAGAUGUUUUGGAAGCUGGCCUGCCCCGACAAAUUAAACCGCGUGCUCAGUUAGGAGAAGACAAGUAUGUUGUUUUUAUUUCAGGAGUAAAUGUUGGAAGCAAUAUUUUUAAUCCGCUACAAUUCCAGCUUUUUGUUGACCAUGUAACUGGGCAUUUGGGCGGUGAGAAUGAACAAAAAAUCGCUUCUGAAAUUGUUCGCGUAGUAAUUGCUGGAAAUUCAAUUGGAAUUCCUCAGGGUGUUCUUAAUGGACAGGCAUUAACUGCUGAGGAUCAAUCAAAGCUAAUUGAGCCAAUUAAGGAGAUUGAUAUCCUACUAACACAGCUUGUUGCAGCUGUGCCUUUGGAUAUGAUGCCAGGCCCUAUAGACCCUGCAAAUUUUUUUUUACCACAACAGCCACUGCAUCAAUGCCUUUUCCCUGGAGCAUCUGCUUAUAAUACAUUCUUCUCAUGCACAAAUCCACAUCAAUUUGAACUUGAUGGUUUUCAGUUCCUUGGAACAUCUGGUCAAAACAUUGAUGAUCUUGAGAAGUAUUCCAGUGCCAAAACUAAGCUUGAAUUUGUUGAGAGGACGUUGCGAUGCAGGCAUCUGGCUCCUACUGCGCCUAACACCCUUGGUUGUUACCCCUUUACUGAAAAGGAUCCUUUCUUCAUUGAGAGCUGUCCAAACGUUUACUUUGUUGGAAAUCAGGAAAAAUAUGAAACUCGUUUAUUACAGGGACCUGAGAAACAACUGGUGAGACUAAUCUGCAUUCCCCGGUUUUCUGAGUCUGGCGUUGCUGUUAUGCUAAAUCUAAAGAAUUUCGAUUGCCAUACUCUGAAUUUCUCAGCAGACCUGGACCCCUGACUGCAUAGUCCGCAACAUUUGCUGCUGCCAUACUGUUUGAAGUACCAGUGAAUCAGUAAUGCAACUUGGUCUACUCAUGAGAUCAACUAAAGCCUCAAGAAGAAAUUACACGUCUAUAAGAUGCUUUUUCACACUUCCAUUGACCACCUGAAUUUUUAGCUGGAUCUGUCUUGACAUCCAGAUCAAUGUUCAGAAUGCAGUAGAUUAAACAAUUCUGUUACAUUUAAUUUAAUUGCCUGUACUAGAGAUUGAAUGGUACAUUGGAGCUGGGUUCGCAGAUUUGAGCCUUCUCAAAUAUCCCUUUGUUAGUGUACUGCCAGUUACUAAUCGGUUUCUUA